UCCCUUAUUAUUUUGAAAGAAAGAUUUGAGUCGAGUAAACCUCCAAUUCACAAAAGAAGAAAAAAAGAAAAAAACAAGAGUAGACCUCCAAAUCCACACGAGACGCGACUACUCUUCUUCCUCAGGAAUCAGGACGGACGGCAGGACCUCACUCUGUCUCGGCUUAAAAGCAGGCAAUCAGAAACACAGCAGUAAGAAACGAGUUGUGGAUGGCGACUCAGCUUCCCGAUGAUUUCAAGUGUCCGAUUUCUUUAGAAAUAAUGUCCGACCCAGUCAUCCUGUCAUCCGGGCACACCUUCGACCGAUCUUCCAUUCAGCGGUGGUUGGACACCGGCAACCGGACCUGCCCAAUCACCAAACUGCCCCUCCCGCAGCACCCGUCUCUCAUCCCCAACCACGCUCUCAGAAGUCUUAUUUCUAAUUUCACCCUCUCUUCCCCUCCAAAGCCACAAUCUCAACCACAACCCCAGACCCUAAUCUCCACGCUCACCUCCCCAUUCUCAUCUCUCGACUCCAAGCUCGAUUCACUCAACCAACUCAGCCGUCUCUCGAAGCGGAACCCUGCCUUACGUCAGAAGUUAACAGAGUCUGGUGCCGUUUCUGCCGUUCUCAAUUGCGUUGGCUCACAGGAUUCCAGUAUCCAAGAAUCGGCGCUUUCACUUCUCUUGAACCUCAGUUUGGAUGAUGACAAUAAGGUGGGUUUAGUCGCCGAGGGAGCAAUUGGCCGUGUCGUUUCUGCUUUGCAAUCUGGGACGCCCAACUGUAAGGCACUUGCAGCAACGAUGCUGACGAGCCUAGCCGUCGUGGAGGUAAACAAGGGGACCAUCGGUGCAUUUCCGUUUGCAAUUAGAGGUCUUGUUUCGCUCCUUUGGGACGGCAACGGGAGGGGGAAGAAAGAAGCAGCGACGGCACUUUACGCCCUAUGUUCCUUCCCUGAUAACAAGAGGAGAGCUAUUGAAUGCGGGUCGGUGCCAAUUUUGAUCGAAAUGGCCGGUUCUGGUGUCGAAAGGGCUGUUGAAGUUCUAAGCUUGUUGGCCAAGUGUAGAGAAGGGAGAGAAAAAAUUGAAAAGUUUGAUGGUUCUGUCCGGAUUUUGGUCAGAGUGUUGCUGAAUGGAAGUCCACGUGGUGUACAGCACGCGCUAUCCACGUUGAACUCACUCUGUUCUUGUAGCCAAAGAAUGUGUUGGGAGGUUAAGAAUGAGGACAUUGAAAAAAUUUGUUUUGUAUUUCUGGAAGGUGAGAAUGAGAAGAUUAGAAGAAAUGCUUCGAAUUUGAUUCAGACUCUACAGAGGUGUUCAUCAACGGUUUGAUUUGAGUUGGGGUCUGUUUAAUUAGCAGAGAUUUUUUUAGUAGAAGAUGAAGUGAAGGAAAUCUUUCAUUUUUUGGGAAGCAUUGAAGCUCUAUUCUUCUUCAUCGUCUGUAGAGGUGAGUUUGGUUCUGCUCAUUAGCCUUCCUCCCUCCAUUUGAAUGGUCAAUGUAAAAAAGCAAAGAGUAGAUUUUAGUGGGGUUGAGUCCUAUCUGUAUCUUGUACAUUCUCAAUAAACACAUCAAAUUUCUGUU